UCAUUGACACCAUUUCGUUCUGUAUCGGAGUUAUCUCGAAUCAAAGGACGUAGUAAACCGCUACCUGGACUGGCCACAUGGUUCCGGUGGUAUUUCUGCUUUGUUUACGUUUUAAGGUCUGGCUUUGAAUAAACUACGACGACAGCCGCACAAUGAGUGGCGACAAUGGUGAAGAUAGCGAAGGGGAAAUAGAACUGAACCCCGAAGAUGUUGUUGACGUCAUUGAGUUUCCAGAAAAUGACGUUCCCCCUGAUGAAAGUGAAGAUGAAGAUGCUGAUGAAAUGGAAGUUGGGGCAGAAGGGGAUGCUGUAAAAGAUGAUUCUGUGAUUGUGUUCCGAAACCAUAAAGAUAGUGUAUUUGCUGUUCAAGUGGAUCCGAAGACAAGAAGUUUAGCUGUAACAGGUAGUCAAGAUGAUAAAGCUUUAGUGUGGAAUAUAUCUACUGGCAGUGUUGUUAUGGAAUGUACAGGACACAAGGAUUCAGUAACAAGUGUGGGGUUCAGUCAUGACUCAAUGUACAUAGCUACUGCUGAUAUGUCUGGUCUUAUCAAAGUCUGGAAAACAGAGACUAAGGAAGAAAUUUGGUCCUUUGAAGGGGGAGAAGUUGAAUGGUUAAAAUGGCAUACAAUGGCUCAUGUAUUAUUAGUUGGUACUAGUGAUGGUGAUGUCUGGAUGUGGAAGAUGCCAGAUGCUGAUUGUAAAAUGUUUCAUCAUAAUUCAUCUGUUUUAUCUGGUCAAAUUACAUCUGACGGUAAACGUUUAUGUACUGGUUGUGAAGAUGGAACUGUUAAAAUUUGGGAUUUAAAAUCUGGCGAAUCUUUACAUACAAUAUCAGGUCAUGAAGCUCACACAUCAUCUGUGUUAUGUGUAGAUUGUCAUGAAGAUAAUACAUUAUUACUGACAGGUUCAACAGAUCAAACAGCUAAACUUAUCAACACACAAACAGGAAAGAUAAUAACCACAUUAAAUUGUACAGAUGAAACAGAUGAUGGUGAAGAAAACUCAGUUGAAACAGUUGGACUGUCAAACAUAUUCCCGUAUGCUGCUACCGGUUGUAUGAAUGGAUCAUUAGGAAUCUGGGAUAUACCUAGUCAAUCGUUACGUCAUCAUUGUAAACAUGAGGCUGGUAUAGUUAAGUUAAAGUGGGAUAGUAUAUCACCUUUAAUCUAUACAGCUAGUUUAGAUGGUAUUAUAAGGUUAUGGGAUGCUAGAAGUAGUGCUAUGGUAUCUCAGUGGACAGGACAUGAAGCAGAAAUACUAGAUUUUGAUAUUUCUAAGGAUGGUAAUGUGAUGAUAUCAUGUGGAGAAGAUUGUACAGCUAGAGUCUUUUCACUCCAUUCUCCAGACAGAUGAAAUAUAAAAUAUGUGCUCUUCUUGAGGACAGAUAAAUUUUGGACUGUAGAAAUUACUUUAAAACAAAUGUUGAAUUUUGAAAAAAAUGUAUAGAAACUACUGUGAUGCAAAAAUUUCUUCAAUUAAUAUAAUAUUUGAAGGCA